AUCUUACUUCCUGUUUAAUUGUGUUGUCUUGAUACAAGCGAAUCGUAAGCUGUUAUGGUACCCGCUGGAUGUAGAUUUUAACUACAGCUGAUAUGUUACUUCGUCUACUCAGUCACACAGCUAUACUACUGAGAGUUACAGCCCAACAUAACCUGACACCGUUUGGUACAGCUACUCAAAGUUCCACUCAACCAAGUGGAUUUCCUAAAAAUGCAAUAGAACCACCUGUUUCGAAUGCGUUUUCCCAUGAAAUUUGUUCACACACAGGCAUUAACACCACAACACCAGCUUGGUGGAUGUUUCAAUUCUCUUUCGGAAUUGCCUACAUCACAGAUAUCACAAUCUAUUACAGGGAAAGCUUUGCGCAUCGCAUGGAUGGAUUUCAAUUAUAUGUUACCAAUACAUCAACCAUUCCACCUGAUGGUUAUCUUUGCUAUGAGGAUCCUGAUCCAGGAUUGCCAGACAUCACACAAACUAUUCCUUGUAACCAGCUUGGACAAUAUGUCAUUUAUUACGACACUACACCUGACAAUAUUUAUGGACCUAUAAUUGAACUUUGUUACGUUGCCAUUAAUGGAUGCCGAAAAGGUUUAUGGGGAAAUAACUGCGAGAAAGUGUGUGCUACAUAUUGCGUUGAUCAACUUUGCUACCCUGGAAAUGGGUCUUGUAUUUUUGGAUGUAACAGUGAUUACUGUUUGAAUGAUAUUUGCAAUAAAUUUACCGGUAUUUGUACCGAUGGUUGCAAGCAAAAACGAACAGGAGACUUUUGUAACAAAUAUAACUUGGCAUAUGACAGUUCAGUCCUUAUAAAUCCAAACAGUAGUUACCCAGGUAGUCUAGCAAAUGAUGGAAAUAAAAUAUCCUGUUCUAAAACAAAAGGUCCUACCGUUACAUUUCAAGUCGACCUUAAAGAAGAAAGCAUUGUCACAGGAGUGCACAUACUGUUUGGCGAUUAUAAUACAAAGGUCGGUAGCCAUACACUUUAUGCAUCAAAUACAAGCAAUUCUUGGAAAAGUGGGACAAUUUUAUUCGAAGAGCAAUUUUUGCCUACAAGAAUCAACGUUAGUGCAGUUUUAAGAUAUUUGACUUAUGUACCUCCAGUUCAGGGAAUAUCUGCAGAACUUGAAGUUUGUGAAAUUGGAAUUCAUGGUUGUCCACCUUCACAUUAUGGUACUAGAUGUAAUACACUGUGUCCAGGUAACUGUAACGGACCUUGUGAUCUUGACACUGGUAACUGUAUAUUUGGUUGUCUAAACGGAUGGAUCGGUAAUAAGUGUGAACAAGCCUGUCGGGAUGGUUUAUAUGGAAGUAACUGUCUUCAGAUAUGCUCACCAUUUUGCUUACAUGCACCUUGUGAUCAUAGAACAGGAGAUUGCAUAGAUGGAUGUAUUCGUGGAGUGCAUGGAACUAAUUGUAUGCAAGUUUCUAUAAACACAGCAGACGGCGUCAACGAAGUCGCUACCCGGAUUGGAAUUUUUAUUGGAGGUGUUCUUUUAGGAAUACUUAUAACAGUUGCGGUGUGUUAUAUAAUUAGGAAAACACGACAAUCACAGAAAAGGGAAGGCAAAGAUAAUGUGUCAAAGAAAACACAGAGUCAAGAUUCACAACAUUAUGACGAUGUUAGAAUGGAAAAUGUAUCUACUUAUCAGGAUCUCAGAAUGGAGACGGGAGCAAAUGAAUAUGACCAGAUAAGCCAGAUAAACACAUCAUAUGAUAAUCACUGAGAAAUAAACUUAUAUAACGUCAUCUACCAGGGGAAAAACUAAUGGAUAUUGAAUACAGUUAAAUAUAGGAACUUGAUCUACACGAUGUGAUAUGUGGGAUUGUAUCAAUAGGAUAAUAAUUGGUGUAUUGAUAGACAUUUGAAGAAAGUCUUAAUGAAUACAACAUCACACAAAACACCAAACAUGUUUGUGAAAUUGUAUCAUUAAAGACUUGCUUUUUGUAUAAAAUGUUUUGUAGUGUAAUGUAUCUUUGCAUUAUGAUCCAUCGUUCCGUAACAAUUAUUGUUAGCUGUUAUUCAGACAUUUCAUAAAUAAAAUGUAUAUAUGUGUGUGUAAGUGUAGGGUUGUGUUUGUGAAAGUGUCUGACCAUUUCUCUGUCUCUAAUUGUCAUAAAUCACUUUAUAAACCAGUAUGAUCUGAAUAAAUUAUUUUUUUGUUUUCUAUUAAUAUCAAUAAUGUUAGCGUUUAUCUGUAUAUAAUGGCGGUCAAUGCUAUAUUAUAUAGACGUCGCUAUUUAAUAAACUCU